UUUCAAGAUUUGCUACUCCCGCGAUGCGCAUUACACUGAGCAGAGUAGUCACCGAAUGAUGUGAGCUUUAAACGGGAAAGUGUUCUUGACCUGGAAUUAUCAUGGAACUUCAAAGUUUGGCUGUCGUUUCGCUUUUUUGUUUGCUUGUACCUUCGUUACAGGUCCCUCCCAGCAUCGCUCCUCUCACCACCAAGAACCUAGCCGAGAGCGCGCCGGACAAUUUCAUCGUGACGUGUGUCCCAUGUCUGCACAGCUCCACCAUCAGCGUCAGCAUCCUCAGCGUCACCGUGGCCCAGGGUGUCGGCAACCAGUGCACCUCGUGUUUCACCGCCAGACAGGUCAGCCCGACCAGUGACUAUUGCAUUAUCUACCACCGGAACUUCCUGAGUACUCCGCCGGAAGCACUGAUUUACGCACAGGCGCAGCGAUACAUCGUUAAGCUCGUGUGCACUGAUGGCACAGAAUCCGCUCAAGGAGACGUGGAUCUGAGGAUCAUAGCCAACUCAGCCCCGCAGUUUACCCAGCCCGUACCAGAUGCCUGUUUGACGAUAAACGCCAUUACCACCCCGGCCAACGCCGUUGUGUAUAAUUCCCUCAACGCCGCCGACGUCGAUGGUGACACCCUUUCCUACAGCAUGGUGUCAGAUCCCGUCAACGACAUCUUUGACAUACAGACAAGUACCGGAGUAAUCUACGCAAAGAAGCCCGCCGACAGCUACUGUUACAACACUGUUGACUUUUACGUCAGCGUCACCGACGGCACAACGGCGCCCGUUGGUCCUGUGAAAAUUACAUGUCCAAUUACAAAUCACCAUACAUCACCAACUAUCACCGGCCUGAACCAGGACGUCUACAUCGACGAGGAUGUUGCAGUUGGAACAGCGAUUUAUUCCCUCCCCGUCCUAAUACCGGCGCCAGUGUUGAGCAUUUCCAAUGUCCUACCUCCAACCUCCAGCCCCCUGUUUACAGUGGCCGCGGGACGGAUACUACAAGUUGCUGCUCCCUUGGACUUCGAGGACGCCACGAACCGGGACCCGAACAUCACACUUGUUGUGUCCAACACCUACUGCGCAUCUACAGAGUACUACCUGCACGUGCACCUGCGGGACAAGAACGACCCCCCGAAAGUGACCCCCACGAGUGUGGUACACACACAGACUGAAGGAUCAUUCAUCUAUCUCAGUCCGGGGCUGUCAAUAGUGGAUCAAGAUGACUUCACCUUUGGCAGGGUGAUAACUGCCGCUGCUGAUGUGAACAUGUGGUCAUUCACUCCUGGUGGGGACUUAAUUUCUGUCGUCACGUAUGACGUUGAAACGCUUGGGCCUGUGGCAAGUUUGACGCUAAAAGUCUCUGAUACAAAAGGUGGUCUUUCUGAGGAGAUAUUUGUUACUAUUACCGUCACGGAUAUCAACGACAACCGUCCGAUAUUCGACCAAACGGUCUACAGUUAUACUGUAUCUGAAUGUGACCCCCCGGGGAAGGUUCUGGGGUCCCUAACAGCCACAGACAAGGACAUAAGUAGUCCAAAUAACGUCAUCAUCUACGACGUCGUCAGCAUGGGCAGCAUAACAGUCGACGCAGCUGGUACAGUGACAAUCCUAUCCAAUGUGUCUAUGGGGGUGACAACACCUGUUGAGGUGGGUUGCCGUGACAACGGAUCUCCUCAACUCAUCUCGCCCUGGAAAGCAACUGUGCAGCUGGUCGUCACAGAGUGCGCCGCCACAACGCAGACAAACGCUCAGAGUAGCGGCGAACCUAUCACUUCCUACAUGUGGACACAGAUAGCCACACUUCUGGCCAUGUUAGGUGCAGUGCAAUGGGGCUGAGAAUCCGCAACCAGCGCGUCCCGGCAAACUACGGGAGACAACUCCUCAGUUUUAGCAACGCAUUUGUUUUCUGGAUAGAUAUGUAAAUUUGGUCUUGUAAACGAAUGUAAAAUGUAAAUAGCGCCUCUGUCACCCUCUACUCUUAAAAGACAUUUCCAUAAAACAUUGUCGUUAGACUGAACUGGUAAUAUGUUCAGCAAGUUGGGAGAUGGGUUGAAGUAUUGAGCUAUUGACAUAUAGAUUUGAUUGCAAUAAAGAAAAUGAAACAUACAUUAUCAGAUUGUUGUUUCAGCUGUAAAGACAUCGAGCCUCCAGAAAACAAAAAGUAGCGCAGAUGUUCAUACGUUUUAACUGAAUGGUUUUGUUUGAAACCUCUGAUUAACUAUUUAAACGUGACCAAGUAUUUCCAAAGGUCUUAGUGGAAUUUUUAUAUACCGUUAUGGUAACGAGAUCUUUGAGCAGGCAUGAGGACGAACCUGUUCAAAAUAUUCACUUUCAUAAAUAAACAAAGUCAUACUUUUAAACCAUAGUUUGUUGCCAGAGCUUGUUGACGUCACCACCUAACAGGGGGUGAUUUGGAGGGUAGAAACCUUCAUGUCGUUCAAGACGGGACGGGAAUUGGGAGCCAUGGACAUGUUUGGUGUAUAUGAACAGGGAAUAUAUUAAUUAAGACUUUAGAUUAUUAAUACGAUAUCUUUCUGAAUAUUUAUCCGUGUAUUGUCUGUUAACGUUACUGCUGUUUUGUUCAUUGAAUAAUGUUAACUGUUUUCACGUGUCAAACCUAAUAUUGCUGAAUAAAAUUGGUUGUCAGAUAUCA